UAAAGUAGCACCGAACAUCGGGACUCUUUAGGACGCAAUUCUAUGUCUAUGGUCAGACGAGCUCUUAAUGUAAACCGGAAAAACAUUACUUAAAAGGGGAAGUGAAGGUUUGGGGCGAAGGGGGUGUAGAUUGUUACAUGAAAAUCCGAACAUGGCUGAUGAAGAAUUAGAAGUUAUCCGCAGACAGCGAUUUGCAGAGCUUCAAGCCAAGCAUGGGGAUUCCCCAGGAGAUCAACAGUCUCAGCAAGAAACAAAACAAAGAGAGACAGAUAUACGAAACACAGUUUUGGCUCAAGUCCUGGAACAGUCUGCACGUGCUCGAUUAAGCAAUCUGGAACUUGUGAAGCCAGAAAAAGCCAAAGCAGUAGAGAAUUACCUUAUACAGAUGGCAAGAUGUGGACAGCUUGGAGGCAAAAUAUCAGAAGCAGGCUUAAUAGAAAUUCUGGAAAAAGUUAGUCUGCAGACUCAAAAGAAGACAACGGUAAAGUUCAAUAGACGAAGGGUUGUGGAUUCGGAUGAAGAUGAUGAUGAUGAUGAUGUUUAAGCUUACACAUGACAACCUGUGAACUGAGAAACUAAAAAGCAGAAGUGGAAACUCAAUACUGAAAAUCACCCGUUUCUCACUAUCUUGCAUGUCAGCUUUUUCUGGAAGACAUUUUUUGCUCUUGACCAAUUUUAUUGUAGCUAUCAAUAAAUAAAUUGGUAUUUUGUGUUAGA